AUGGCGGACCCGAGCUGGCAGGAGACGCUGGCGAACGAGACGGACGCCGCCAAGAAGGAGUGGAUGGCAUUGGAGCGCCGUUACCACUUGCAGUUGAGCAGCGAGGACGCUACGACGCAGGACAAACAUGUUCGUCUCUACUUGAGUCUAUCAGAUCCGGAGCUGCCGGCGCGGCUAAAGGGCCAAGUGGAGCUGCAGAUGACGCUGCCGGGGAAAUAUCCAUUGGAAGCUGCCCAAGUAGACUUUGCGCAGUGGAGUAGUCGACUGUCGGACGAGCAGGUUGAAGUAUUGAACGUUGCAGUGAAUGCCAGAGCUCAGCAGCUUUGCGGAAUGUUCGCGCUCAGGAAGCUGCUGACCUGGAUCGACAAUAUUUUCUGGAGAGUCAUCGCACCAUUCGAGAAAAAUGUUGAGGCAGAGCAAGAGCUGGCAGAAUUGAGUAAUGCACAGGGUGAGUUGGAAGUUUCUGAAGAAAUACCAGUUUUACCUGAGAAAAAAUCGACGAGAAGACGUGGCCAACGACCAUGCCGAUUCUUCGCUAGAGGCAACUGCAGAGACGGAGACAAUUGCAAGUUCUCGCAUGUAAAGAAGGAGGGAAAGCUGAAGAUUGAAAGCGGUAGUGACGACUCUGAAGCCCCAGAAGCUGGUGUUACAUCGGUUGUCCGCGAUGCUGACCCGGCACAGCCACCUGAGGUAGCAGCUGAACCAAAGAUGAAAAGUAGGACGCGGGUACGCAGAUGCAAGUUUUUCGCGCAAAACAGAUGCCGUGAUGGAGACAAGUGCAAGUUCUCGCACGAGCUUAAGAAUACUGGAGCAAAUAACAAGGAGCAGACACAAGGAACUGAUGCCCCGCCACGCGCUGUGGUAGCGCAGCUGGGCUCUCCAAGUCGAACUGCGAUCAAAUCGAAAAAUACUGAAACAGAUGAGAAAGUGGAAAGGAAAUCACUAAAAUCCAACAAUGAGAAGUUUAUCAUUCAAGCUGAAGACAGCAAAGAGUGGACGGAGGCACAGCAGCGAGCACUAGAUCUGGCGUUGAAAAAGUAUCCAGCUUCAAUGGACAAGAAGGAGCGCUGGACAAGCAUAGCAAAUGAGGUUGAAGGCAGGUCCCUGAACGAGUGCAUUGACCGCUUCAAAAUGCUAUGUGAGCUUAUGCGGCGUGGCGUGGAUCCCACCAUUGCUGCCAAAGAGGAUAAUGACAAAGAGGACGAAGCAGAAUCAAUCAGAUGCGAAGGUCACGCUCAGAACUUAAAAAUUACUCCCCCUGAGAAGCGCGUUGCUGUCGAGACCGAGCCUGAAGUCAAGGGCACUCAAAUCCGCCUCGAAGAUUUGUUCCUACACGAAGUUGGCACGCUGGUUGCGCAUCGAUUGGUAUUCCAGGUCCAGUGCGAUAACUGUCCACUCAAAUUUGACGCCAUUCUGAGUUUAAGCUCUCCUGAAAUCCAGAAGUGGUGCCCACGAUGCAGUGUACUUCACCACGUGAUGAUGAGACCAGUCUUUGCUCAUUCGCAGAGCGAUGUGCUAGCUUAUGUGGACACUGAGAACUGCUCAAUCGUCGACGUGCUCCCCACAGAUGUAUUAGUCACUUGCUUGGAGUGCGGAUGCGAAGCAUUACUGGAGAGGAUAACGCCGAGACAGCGAGCAGAGCAAGCGUGCUUUUCUUGCCACAUCAAACUUGCUGUGAUGGCAAAACGCUUCGUGGCUGGCCAACGGGAGGGAUCAAGCACUAAACGCAGUAAAUCGCCCGAUGGUACUGCCGCAAAGGUUGCCAAGAGCAAGAAAGGAGCUAAACAGAUCGUGGAGACUUUCAUGUUGGGACAACCGCUGCCUCGCAAUGGAGCGUGUGAUCACUACAAACACUCACUACGCUGGUUUAGAUUCCAGUGUUGUGGCAAAGCCUUCCCUUGUGAUGUAUGUCACGACUCGAGUGAUUGUCCAGAGGCUAACCUGGGUAAAUUUGCCAGUCGGAUGAUUUGCGGGUUGUGCUCAAAGGAGCAAUCGAGCUCGGUUAAAGUGUGCUCCUGCGGAAACGACGUAGCAGCAAAAAGAUCUACCUCCCGACACUGGGAAGGUGGCGCUGGGUGCCGGGAUUCGUUGCAGAUGUCCCGCUGGGAUAAACAAAAGUAUCGUGGCCUGAACAAGACGGAGAGCAAAAAGUUUAAACGUGUCGGUGCAGAAGCAAAAAGGCGGCGAGAGAAUGUAAACGCAAAUGCGCAACAGUAG